UUUAAACACUUUGCGGCUGUUGCUGUUUUCUUCCGGGAGAGAACUUUCUGUCCUUCAUUGCUGACACGAUCACUUACUGGGUCUCAGUUAUUCUUUGGCUGUGAGGGAAUUCACAUAAGGGUUAAAUGGAGAUCUGUGGUCUAUCCAGGUGUUUGCUACGUUCUUUCAAAGAGCGAGUCAGUCUCAAAUCCGGUCUCAUUAAUUUUUCAUCUUUCAAAUACGGUUCCACGUGUAGGAUUUCAAAGCAGUGUGUGUAUAAAACACGAACAUCUGCACUACAGUGCGGAUUGGAAAUCCAUCCCCAACAAAUCUUCCAGGUCAGCUCAAGCAGGCACACAAUUGGUUGGCGGUAUUACAGUACAGAUUCCUGUCAAACUACACUCGUCAGUGUGGUUCCAGUAUUUUCUAUAAUGAGAUAUGAUAGUGCUGGGAACGUAAGCUUCUUUGAACGAAAGAAGACAGAACUGUACCAGGAACUUGGUCUUCAGGCUCGAGAUUUAAGAUUUCAACAUUUAACAAGCAUUAAUACAAGGAAUAAUUGUAUCAUCCUAAGAAUGGAGAUAAUAAAAGCUGUAAUUACUCCAGAGCAUCUCCUUAUCCUUGAUUAUCGACAAUCAAAUCUGGAGCAGUGGCUUUUGAAGGAUCUGGCAAUGCAAUUAGCUGGAGAAGGUCAACUUGUCACAUACUCUUUGCCUUUUGAAUUCAGAGCCAUAGAAGCAAUACUUCAGCACAGGAUUAACUUUCUACAAUCAAGACUAAAUGAGUUACAGCCUCAGAUAUUAGAGACAUUAGAAGCUCUUGUGGAUCACAAACAGCUUUCAAUUGAUCGAAGCAAUCUGCAUGUGUUACUUCAAGCCAGUAAAAACUUAUCUGAGUUGGAGACGGAUAUAAAGGUCUUCAAGGAGACGCUGCUGGAGAUUCUAGAUGAAGAGAAACAGAUAGAAGAGCUUUGUCUCAGCAAGUGGAGUGAGCAACAUGUUUGUGACCAGAGUACUAUGGGAAUUAAUCCUGCCGAAGAAAUGGAACUGCUUCUUGAAAGCUAUUACCGACAGGCGGAAGAUUUGGCUAAUUCAGCACGAGAGUUGAAAGUGUUAAUAGACGAUUCUGAGAGCAUCAUAUUUAUCAACUUAGACAGCCACCGUAAUGUGAUGAUGCGUUUGAAUCUUCAGUUGACAAUGGGAACGUUUUCAGUUUCCCUCUUUGGAAUUCUGGGAGUUGCCUUUGGUAUGAAUUUGGAAUCCUCCUUUGAAGAGGACCCCCGCCUCUUCUGGCUAAUAACUGGAAUAAUGUUUCUAGGGAGUGGACUAAUGUGGCGACGUUUACUGUCUUUUCUGGGUAGACAUCUUGAGCCUUCAGCACCACCUCCAAUGCCAUCUCUCCUGAAAAGGUCACAGCUGAUUGGAGGAAGAAUCGACCUGAGACAUAGUUCCAAAUGAUGAACUUCCAAUUUUGCCAGAAUGUUCUCAAAUCAUCUGUGCAUAUAGUAUCACAGUGAUGCACAAUAUUUGCAACAACAUCCGCAAGAGUUAAUUAGAUUUAUAAAUCAAAACUUGUGGAUCAAAGGGUCAAUGCUCUGAGGACUCUUACAAAUCCGUGGUAGGUGCAGUCUGCCUUUAUCGCUGUUUUGGCAUCAGAGCUUAAAGCCUACAAUGACAGAAAUCAUGAGUGGCCGAAGAAAAUUACUUUCACAGCCCAAUAUUGAAGUUGAUCAGGUGGUUAAUAUUUUGUGUCAACUGUUCCUGGUAUUAGAAACGAUAAUGAAGUGUACAACUUAUUUAUUUUAUCAUAAUUUAAUAGAAAUGAUGCAACAUUGAAAUGUAUUAGUGGUAGAAUAUUCUGGU